AUGGGCAUCCCCGCCCUACCCAGCGCAUCCCUCAUGCCCUUCGUCGCAGUCUUCUCCGCCACAAGCAGCCCCAGCACGCCUUGCCCCCUCCACCCGGCCGGCGCCCCGGCGAAGGAUCCUUCCAGCUCCCGGAUCAUGUGCGGGCCUACCCGCUGGAUCCCGCCUUUACACUGCACCAGGACUUUGAUUGCUGGGGUUGUUGAUGAUGGUACCGUCCAUUCGCCUACUAAGUCGACGCCAAAAUCUGAUGCGCCGCCUAUUCUGCGCAGCGAGAAGCCGUAUCGUGCUAAACGCUCUAACACGAGGUACUCGUACCGCGUCCCCGUGAAGAAGGGCGAUUUCUCGUCCAGUCCCCGUCGUUUUGCGUCCUCGAGGAAAGACUCGAGGUCAGAGUGCUGCGGCGACAGAGACACCAGCGGAGAGGAAGAAGAAGAGGAGGAGGAGGAGGAGGAGGAAGAGUUAUGCUGCUUCGGCUUGGACUUUGUAGACGUUGUUGCACUUGCAAACCCGCGGACAGCGGGCAUCAUACGGGGUAUUUUGACGGCAGCAUGA